UUAAAGGGCUAAGAGAGUGGGUGCUCCCGGCAGCCUGUCAGUGUUGUGACGGCAAGAGGCGAGAUGAAGUGCUUGGCAGCAUCAGUGUUGGUGGCCGUUCUGGCUUCAGCUUCGGCAGUUUCUUUCUUCUCCGUUGCGUUGGAAGAGUGGGAUGCUUUUAAGCUUGAACAUAGCAAGAAAUAUGAAACUGAUGUUGAAGACUCAUUCCGCUUGAAAAUAUUUAUGGAGAACAAACACAAGAUUGCUGCUCACAAUAAGCUGUAUUCAACAGGACAAAAGUCAUACAAGCUCAGAAUGAACAAGUAUGGUGACAUGCUUCAUAGUGAAUUUGUGUCAACAAUGAAUGGUUUCCAUUGGAACCAUACAGGAAGCUACAGAUCUAACCGUCUGUACACCGGUGCCAACUUUAUUGAACCAGACGACGACGUUGUAUUGCCAAAGAGUGUUGACUGGAGGGAGAAGGGAGCAGUUACCCCAGUGAAGGAUCAGGGGCAGUGUGGAUCAUGCUGGUCAUUUUCAGCUACCGGAUCACUGGAGGGUCAACACUUCCGCCAGACUGGUAAGCUAGUGAGUCUCUCUGAGCAGAAUUUGAUUGACUGCUCCACCAAGUAUGGCAAUAAUGGUUGUAAUGGUGGACUGAUGGACUAUGCCUUCCAGUACAUUAAAGAUAAUGGUGGAAUUGAUACAGAGAAGUCGUAUCCAUAUGAUGCCGAGGAUGAAAAUUGCCGUUAUAAUCCACGUGAAUCUGGCGCUGAAGAUACUGGUUUUGUUGAUGUUCGAGAGGGAAGUGAAAUGGCCUUGAAGAAAGCUAUUGCCACUGUAGGACCAGUUUCAGUUGCCAUUGAUGCUGCACAUGAUUCAUUCCAGUUUUACCAUGAUGGUGUUUAUAACGAACCAGAAUGCAGUUCUGAGCAGCUGGACCAUGGUGUUCUGGCUGUGGGUUAUGGCACAGCAGAGGAUGGUACAGACUACUGGCUGGUGAAGAACUCCUGGGGAACAUCUUGGGGUGAUGAAGGUUACAUUAAGAUGAUUCGUAAUCAUCAUAACCAGUGUGGCAUUGCUAGUGCUGCCUCCUUCCCUCUUGUUUAAGACAUGGGAGAUAUUAAUGCCCUAAAUCUCAUCCAAAGAUAUUGUGAUUAGCUUUUUAAGUAUAUAAUUUAUAUAUUGGAUUGAUAUGAAGGGCAUAAUCAUUUUAUACUUAUAUUUUAAAUACAUGCUCAGUGUUUACAUUGUUUACCGUAUGUCAUAUACUGUACCGAGUGACCAUACUUCACACAAAUGCCCAUAAUUGAAAAUAACUUUUUAGGGUUUACUAGUGAACUGAAUGUGGUAAUGCAUUUGAACUUGGGAACUUUCUUAAUAAUUAAGAUAUCAUUUACAUGAUUGCAUUGUAACAACAUUUUUGUUUGUUUUUAGUGAACUUGUCAAAAUUAUGUUCAUCCAAGGUACAUAAGAGGUUUGAAUGACAGGUUUGUAUGGUUCAGAAUAUUCUGAAGCUGUGUAUGAAAGUUAUCUUUUUAUAUUAUCUUUAUCAAUAAACUUAAAAUAUUU